CUGUGUGGUCUCCAGGGGAGGAGGGGACCUGUCAGGGAGGGUUCCAGGAGGCGGGGGAUGUCCUGACGGGACAUUCCCUCCCCCGGAACCCGCCCUGACAGGCCAUCUCCUUCCCUAGUGCCCUCCCCGUCAGACCAUGGCCUCCCCUGGAGCUGCCGGAGAGGGGGAGGUCCCGUGAGGGCGAGGGACGUCCUGUGAGGGAAGUGCGGCUCCGGGAGCGGGUCGUUUCCCCUCCUCGGGUUAUCCUCGCCUUAUCCCGACCGGGACGGGGACGGGAGCUCUCGUGACCUCCUAACCUGAGUCCUGGCCGCCGUCAGAGGGAUGGCAGUCCGGGCCUUGGCCUCAGGGGAGGCGCCCGCCCCUUCUCAGGGCCUGCUCUUCUCCGGAGACCGUGUCGCCUCCAUGGCGGUGAGCGUGAGCCUCCAGCCGUCUUCGCGCUGCCUGUGGGACGAGCCGGUGCGGGUGUCGGUGCGGGGCCUGCGGCCGGGGCAGGCGGUGACGCUGCGCGCCUCGCUCCGCGACGAGUCCGGGGAGCCGUUCCGGUGUCAGGGCCGCUACCAGGCGGACGAGGGCGGGCGGCUGGAGCUGGACCGCUCCCCGGCGCUGGGCGGCAGCUUCUCCGGCCUGGAGCCCAUGGGGCUCAUCUGGGCCCUGGAGCCCGCCAGGCCCCUGUGGCGGCUGAUCAAGCGGGACGUGCGGACCCCGUUCGCCGUCGAGCUGCAGGUGCUGGACGGCCACGACCCCUCGCCCGGGCCCCUGCUGGCCACGGCCGUCCACGAGCGGGCUUUCAUGGCCCCGGGGGUCAGGAGGAUCCCCCUGCGCCAGGGCCGGGUGCGGGCCACCCUCUUCCUGCCCCCAGGACAAGGACCCUUUCCGGGAAUCAUUGAUAUCUUUGGUAUUGGAGGGGGCCUGUUUGAAUACAGAGCGAGUCUGCUGGCUAAUCACGGCUUCGCUAGCCUGGCUCUAGCUUAUUACGGAUUUGAAGAUCUGCCCCAAGACUUUAAGGAAGUAGACCUGGAGUACUUUCAAGAGGCUAUAAACAUCAUGCUACGACAACCCCAGGUGAAGGGGCCGGGAGUUGGAUUACUUGGAAUUUCCAAAGGGUCGGACCUGUGCCUCUCCAUGGCCGCCUUCCUGAAAGGAAUCACAGCUACGGUCUCCAUCAACGGUUCCGCCAUCAACAACCAUUCCGUACUGCGCUACAAGGAUGUGCGGAUCCCACCCAUUGGCUACAACCUAAGACGGAUCAGAAUCACAGGCUUGGGCGUUCUGGACAUCGUGGAUAUCUGUAACGACCUGUUAGACGGGCCCCGAAACCCGAGCGUUCUUCCGCUGGAGAGAGCCGAGGGAGUCUUCCUGUUUAUCGUUGGGCAAGACGACCAUAACUGGAAAAGCGAAUUUUACGCCGACAUAGCUUCCAAGCGGUUAGAGUUGUACGGAAAGGAAAAGCCCCAAAUACUCUGUUACCCCGGAACGGGGCAUUACAUCGAGCCCCCUUAUUUCCCGAUGUGUCCGGCUUCCACGCACGCACUGGUGAGGAAGCCAGUUAUUUGGGGCGGAGAGCCCAGGGCGCACUCCAAAGCCCAGGUAGAUGCUUGGCGGCAGAUUCAAGCCUUUUUCCGCAAACAUCUGGGGAUGGAUGAGAACGCACCUCCCCCUAGAUUAUAACCCAGAUCCCUUUUUGUCGAGAUUGAGUUCCGCUCAAAAUGUAAUACCCGGAACACUGAGAAACGGGGUGGCCUAGUGGCCAGAGCCCAGGCCUGGGAGUCAGAAGGGUUCUGACCCCAUUUCCUCCGCUCCUCUGCUGCUUGACCUUGGGCAAGUCGCUUCGCUUCUCUGGGCCUCAGUUCUCUCGCCUGCCAAACGGGGAGGACGCCCGUGAGUCCCAAGUGGGACGUGGGCUGGGUGCAACCCGAUUAGCUCGUAUCUUCCCCGGCACUUGGAAGAGUGCCCGGCACAUGGAAAGCGCUUAACAAAUGCCAAUAAACAAUAAAGGUGCUCUUGAAUAAGAAGCAACAGAUUCAA